CGGGGGGCGGGCUUCUGCCUUCCCCGCCGUGUGUCCCCCCGGGCGGGCGGGUGACUCUGUCCUUACGGUGUCAUGCGGGGAAGGGGCCGCCCGCCGCGCUUGGGGCGUUGCUGUUGUGGCCUCCUGGCAAGGGCUGUGCCAGCCGCCGCUUGUACCCGCUGGCCAACGCGGGGCAAAGUAUGAUCGGGCACUAAAAAUAAGCAGUGAUAAUUGUCUGUGCGUUCAAAUCCCUGUUCUAGGCAUUUGUCCCCAAACUGAGGAGAGGCGUAAGUCUUCGGUGAGGAUUGCAGCAUCCUAGAUUUUACACUAUAUGUCACAUAUUUUAAGUUGACAUAGUUUAUACAAAAACGACGGGGAGGUGUGUUUAUUUUUAUUUGGCCAGUAAUUGACCUCAUUGGUCAGGGCUUUUUCCCAACCACAAAAACCGCCUCGUUGAGAUUUGGGCUGAGUUCACGGGGUGGAGAACAAUCUCCAGUCUCCCGAAGAAACACGUGUUUCCACACGUAGAAGGCCAUAAUAAAAGCCAGUGCUCCACCUAGCCAGGAAGGACUGUAAAUCAGUUUCAAAGAGAGUUUGAAGACGUCUGGGGUUUUUGGAGGUGUUUCCACCUGCUUGUCCCAGGUUAGAGAUGGCCCCAGAAGGGAGCAGUGCUGGGGAGCUUGCAUAUGAGGCUGUUGUUGCUGGUGUCGGUCCUGUUGCAGUACACAGAGCACUGUCACUUCUGAACUGUACCAUGAUGCUAAUUCCCCUUUGGAGAAACAAGAGGGAACGCUGUGCAGCAUUCUGCCACACUGGAGUGUUGUGGUCCAAACAGAAACCGAAGGGUAUGCAAUGACUGGCUUCAGACUCCCCAUCACUACUUUUAGAAAACUGAAUGUCUGGUUUGGACUGUGGGAGAAAUUCCCCUCUAAUAAAUUUUAUCCCUCUUGGAGAAGUGUAUUCUGUAGCUGUCAAGCAAGCGCAGUGAACUACAUAAGAUGUUUCAGCUUUUCCCCAGUAAAACUGUGUGCCCUAAGACUUUCUCCACAGUGUAUCUCAGUGCUUUUUCUGCGGAACAAAAGUAACAAAAGCUCUAAAAGGAACAGACAAACCAUACAAGAAGAAGAGGAAGAAGAGGAUGAAGAGGAAAGUGAUUUGGAAGAUGAAUUUGAAAAUGACCCCAAUGUAGUAAAAGAUUACAAAGAUCUUGAAAAAGUAGUGCCGUCUCUUCGAUACGACGUGAUCAUGAAAGCUGGUCUGGAUAUUGCAAGAAAUAAAGUAGAAGAUGCAUUCUACAAUAAUGAACUCAGGCUGAAUGGAGAAAAACUAUGGAAGAAAAGUAGAACUGUGAAAGUUGGUGACACGCUGGAUCUCAUAGUAGGUGAAGAUAAAGAAACAGGAACCGCUGUAGUUAUGCGGGUAGUCUUAAAAAAAGUAUCUAACAAAACUGAAAGUGAGAAAUACAAAGCAAUUUUGAGGCGUUGGAAAAACUUAAAAGUGCCCAAACAGGAUGUACUUAAAUAACAGGGAGUUACAUGUGGCAGCAAAAGAUUUUUGCAGAAAACCGUAUUUUUUGUUAAAUACGAAUUUUGGUUAAACAAAAUUACAGUACCCUUUUUUAAGGGCUUGUGUCAGAAUGUUAUCUCCCUCAGCUGUGUACAUUCAUAUUCAUGCAAUAAGCCUGUUGCUUUUUGCUGUUAGUUUUGUUUCAUGGUAUUGUGGAAUAAAAGAUCCAACCCUUACAUUUCCAGGCAGUUUCCUUACAGAUGUUAUAAGUAAUGAACCAAUAAAGACUAAUUUGAUCACU